AUGACUUCUUCAUCUUGUAUUACCAGUGUACUACCAUCUGAAUUAAUUCAACAAAUAUUUUUCUAUAUUGCAUUCGACGAUUUAUUAUCAACAAUUUCUCUGACAUGUCGCCAUUUUCAUCGUUUACUCUGUAAUCGCUGGUUCAUUAAACGUUAUUUUUCAUUUGAAAAUCGUAAAAAAACUUUAUUAAAUUGGUGGAAAUUUGAUAAUGACAAGAAAAUAGGACUCGAUUCCGUCAACGAAACAACUUCAUCGUCGUUCUCUCGUUCGACAAUCGUAAAUGGUACACCACGUAUUAAGCAAUGUGAUAAUUUCAUAAACGAUAAUGAUGGCAAAAAAGCAAAUUGUCUUCUACUAGAUGGUCAAUCCUGGUUGUAUAAAGAUGGUGGUUCGACAAUGGGAAAUAUUCAUAAAACAUAUUCAAUAACAUUAUGGUUUUUAAAUGAAGCUCUAAUACCACGUCCUAGUCAUACAAUUCUUACUUUAGGUAAUCGUUAUUGUGGAUGGUUUUUCUUUUAUAUUACGUCAUCGGAAAACAAAUUGAAAUUGAAAAUUAACCAAAAUAAUAUGCCUUCGCAAUAUUUUGCAUCCGACGCUUAUAUUGAACCGCGAACGUGGUAUUUACUUUCUAUUGUUGUAAACGCUGAACAUAAUACACUAAAAGUGUACGUUGAUGGACAUUGUUCUAUCACAAUAUAUCAAAAUAAGAAAGAGAAAGAACCUAUGCCAAGUAUAUGGAUUGGUGGACAAGAAAAUCGAUGGGUUGGUCAGAUAGCUGAUGUAACUGUAUGGUCAAGAGUAUUAUCUAAAAUUGAAAUUCGAGCUAUUUAUGAUCAACGAACAUCCACUGACAAUGUUAACAUUGCUGAAGUUUAUUUAAAGAAAAUGAAACAAUAA